AUGGAAACAUUUGAAGAGAGCGAAAGCUGCAUCCAGGGAGAGGCUGAGAAAUAUAACUUGCACCUAAUAUAUAACUACUGUAAGAAGUCGUAUUACGUUCAUCCGGAGGAAAUGUGUGAAAGUCUAAUUAAGUCGUUGAUUCAGAACGCUUUUUGGCUAGAUCAUACCGUUAGUUGCGAGGAUGUAAAUGUUAGUUUAAGGGAUGGAGCUGACAGAAGUUUAGUUGCUGUUGAGAUUACGGAAGCUGGGGUGGAGAAGUUAAGAGAGCAGUUAAGAGAUUUUGGCUCGGCUGAGCUGGUUUUAGUCGCGAAAGAUAGCUCGGAAAUUUUUGCAGCCCUUAAUAUAAAGCCCCAUGCUGGUGAGAAUAAUGAUAAGAGAGCUUUAGUUGGUGAAGAGACAGAUUCUAAGAUGGUGACAAUUCUGAAGGACCAAUGGGAACAACUAGUUGCUUCAAUUAAUGACUUGAGUUCAUUGUUACACAAACAGCCAUCUGAAGAGGAUAGCUCGGUUGUGCAUAAUGGUAUUGUAUGUGACGGGUGUAGCCUCACUAACGAUGGGGGCAAGGGCGGCUCCAAAACUUGCAGUAAGGAUGGAUUUAUAAGGGGGCCUAGAUACAAGUGUUUAGGGUGUGAAAACUUUGAUCUUUGUUCGGAGUGUGAAUUCAAGGGGGUUUCUAUUGCUUGUCAUUCUAUUUCCCAUACUUUGGUCAAAAUCAAACGACCAGGUGACCUGUGGCAGACUCCUUCGGGUGAUCUUGUCCAUAAUCAUAUUAUUUGUGAUGGGUGUAAUCCAUAUCGCGUUACCACACGUAAUACUGACACUUCAACUGUUGAUGGUUAUAUUAAAGGUCCUAGAUUUAAGUGUACAAAAUGCUUCAAUUAUGACUUGUGUAUUAAAUGCAAGGAAAACAACGUUUCGACCUGGUUCCAUAAACAGUCUCACCCUAUGGUUGAGGUUAAGGCGCAUCCUGAAUCACCUACACUCAGCAAUAAUGAUCUCGUCCAUAAUGGAAUCUAUUGUAAUUCGUGUCAGAACUUUAUGAAUCCUUCCAAAUGGAAUACAAAAACAUGCAGUUCUAAGGGUUUUAUUAAGGGCCCACGUUAUAAGUGUUUAACCUGUCAGAACUUUGACUUGUGCUCUGUGUGCCAUGAAAAAGGGAUAAGCAUUGAAAACCACAGAGAAUCUCAUAACAUGGUUUGUUUCGGAGUUCCUGAUACAUCAAACCUUUACCACCCUCCUUCAAGGUCCCCAUCCCCAUCAAAUCGUUUCCCAGCUGGCGUUCAUAAAAAUAAUACCACUGGAAAUAAAAAUUUGACGAUUGAGAUACCUCCUGAGCAAUCAGAUGUUUAUGAGGUCUUAUUGAAAAUGCAAAAUGAGGGAACCUUAGCCUCUGUCGUUCAUGAAGCUGAGGAUUACCAAAGGAUCAUUAAACGGUUUGAUACUAGUGCAUCCGAAAUCUUUGAAAGACUUGGACGCUACGAAGAAUUGUUGUUGAUGUUACCUGAUGGAAAUUAUGACAAAUUGAAAUCUUUGAUUGAAGAACACUUGAAGUGUAACAACAAAGCUCCUAUUUCCCCUGCUGAUUCGGCUAUGAAAUCCCCAUCAAGUAGUGAAAUCUUGGUAGAAGUCUGCGAUAUCGAUUAUGUUGUCACCUUCAAGCUAACAAAUCAUACCGAUGAAGUUCUACCUGAUAAUAUGAAAUUAUUAUUAAACUAUUUCCCUGACGACGGGGAGGCCCUCAAAUAUUGCAUUUUUAUGGGCCCUCAUAAAAUCGCUCCCGAUGAAUCUAAACUCUUGAAUUUGAAUCACCAUGGUUCAAUAAAAAGAUUAUUCGCAGAAGGUAAAUACCAACUUGAUUUGCUUGAUCAAAAUGAUAUUCUUCUAUACACGACUAAAUUAACAAAUGAAGCAAAAGUGAGCAUGAAACCCUUAACCCGCGAAACAGUAGAUGGCUGUUUGUUGGACUUCGAAGUCGUGGACGGUUUAGUAAAUUCGAUGGAAAAAUUGUCUGCUUCAUCCAAAUUCAGUGCUGACACUCUCGCCAGAGAUGAAGGUCACGGCACUGAUACAAAUUGUGAUGAAAAAGGCAACUCAAUCUUUAAAGAUGACGAAGAUGACGACGAAGAUGACGAUGACGAUGACGACAGCAACUCGACCUUCAACAAGUACUUCCUCCCGAGUAUCAACGAUGAGGAGUACGACCUAUUGAGUGAUAGCGAUAUUGAGGUAGUCUAG